AUGUUGGAUCUCGGAAUAUCCGACUUUGUAGAAACUGUAAGUGUCGAGGACAAUAGUCCUGGGCGAGGUCCAAGGACUGUCGAUAGUGGGGUUGAGAACCCACUAGAUGGCACACAUGACAUGUGUCAUGAGAAUGAUGUUACAUCAUUAAACACCGUGAGUGAUGCAAGUGGCUGCAAGCCAAGAUGUCAGGACGCAACUCCAGGUGACGUAGGUGACGAGGUACUGACCCUGGAGGGCCGGGUAAAGUCACAAAUGGAUGUUGUCUUUGAGUACAACGAGGCGCAUGCACCUAACGACGAGGAAAUGACUCUAGAGCAAUUCACGACUACUGGAACCGCUCAUUUCUUGGCGGGACCGCGGACGACACAGUAUCUCCACAAAAUAUUUUAUCGUGUUUUGACUACGAACGUUGCGGCCAAAUUGAUUGUUGCGACCACGUGA